AUGAGGAUCUACAGGACAUCAAUUCUUGUGGUACUAAUAAUUCUCAUUGGGCAGAGCAGUUUCGUGGCACGAGCCAGUGCUCAGAGCAAGGUUCAUAUAGUGUAUUUGGGGGAGAAGCAGCACGAUGAUCCUGAGGUUUUGACGGAAUCUCAUCAUCGAAUGUUAUGGUCACUUCUUGGAAGCAAAGAGGAUGCUCAUGAUUCAAUGGUGCACAGUUACCGACAUGGCUUCUCUGGUUUCGCAGCCAAGCUUACCAAGUCCCAAGCCAAGAAGUUGGCAGAUUUACCUGAAGUUGUUCAUGUCACGCCGGAUAGGUUCUACGAACUAGCAACAACUAGGACUUGGGAUUACUUAGGCCUUUCUGCCGCCAAUCCGAAAAAUCUUUUAAAUGACACUAAUAUGGGUGAAGACGUUAUCAUUGGCGUUGUCGAUACAGGAGUUUGGCCAGAAUCUGAAGUCUUCAAUGACAAUGGGAUUGGUCCUGUGCCGAGCCACUGGAAAGGAGGCUGUGAAUCAGGAGAGAUGUUCAACUCCUCUCACUGCAACAAAAAGCUCAUAGGAGCAAAGUACUUCAUCAGUGCCUUUCUUGCGGAGAACGAAAGCUUCAACGCAACAGAAUCACUCGACUUUAUUUCCCCUAGAGACUAUGAUGGUCAUGGCACACAUGUCGCCACCAUAGCAGGUGGUUCGGUCUUGCCCAGCAUAAGCUACAAGGGACUAGCCGGAGGGACUGUGAGAGGUGGUGCACCUCGUGCUCGUAUAGCAAUGUACAAGGCUUGUUGGUAUCUGGAUGACGAAGAUAUAAACACUUGUUCAUCUGCUGACCUCUUGAAAGCUAUGGACGAGGCUAUACAUGAUGGUGUUGAUGUUCUGUCUCUGUCUAUUGGCUAUCGAGUUCCUUUCUACCCGGAAACCGACGUUCGCGAUGGGAUGGCUACAGGAGCAUUCCAUGCCGUUUUAAAGGAUAUCACAGUGGUUUGUUCAGGUGGUAACGCUGGCCCAGCGCCUCAGACUGUGGGAAACAUAGCUCCUUGGAUUUUUACUGUGGCUGCAACUACUUUGGACCGGUCUUUUCCCACACCUAUUAUACUUGGGAACAACAAAGUGAUAUUGGGUCAAGCAAUGUACGCAGGUCCAGAACUUGGCUUCACUAGCUUAGUUUACCCAGAGAAUCCAGGGAACACCAACGAAAGCUUUUCAGGUACCUGUGAGCGUCUUUUCAUCAACUCUAAUGUUACAAUGGCCGGGAAAGUUGUCUUGUGCUUCACAACAUUAAAACGUUACGGCACUGUAGCAAACGCUGCGCAUUAUGUGAAGAGAGCUGGUGGUCUUGGCGUAAUCAUUGCUAGACAUCCAGGCGACACUCUCUUACCAUGUCUAGAUGAUUUCCCUUGUGUUGCUGUUGACUACGAGCUGGGGACGAAUAUACUUCUCUACAUACGGUCCAAUGGAUCACCUGUUGUGAAGAUAGAACCUUCUAAAACACUCGUUGGACAUCCGGUUGGUACAAAGGUUGCAGAUUUCUCAUCAAGAGGACCUAAUUCAAUUGCGCCUGCGAUCCUCAAACCAGAUAUAGCAGCACCUGGAGUGAGUAUAUUGGCGGCUACAAGCAUCAAUUCAACUUUGAAUGACAGAGGAUUCAUUAUGCUGUCAGGAACAUCAAUGGCGGCUCCUGUUAUUUCAGGAGUUGUUGCACUUCUCAAAGCUAGACACCGUGAUUGGUCUCCUGCUGCCAUUAGAUCAGCCAUUGUCACUACAGCUUGGAAGACAGAUCCGUUUGGAGAACAGAUUUUUGCAAAUGGGUCACCUCGGAAGAUAGCUGAUCCGUUUGACUAUGGUGGAGGCCUUGUGAAUCCAGAGAAAGCUGCAAAUCCAGGUCUUGUAUAUGACUUGGGCCUUGAAGACUAUGUUCUCUACAUGUGCUCUCAAGGUUACACCGAGUCAUCAAUCUCUCAGCUUGUUGGUAAAGGAACAGUCUGUUCGAAUCCUAGACCAUCUGUUCUUGAUUUCAAUUUGCCUUCCAUCACCAUCCCAAACCUCAAAGAAGAAGUCACUCUCACCAGAAUCCUCACUAACGUUGGACCACUCGACUCGGUCUAUAAAUUAGCGGUCGAGCCACCAUUGGGUGUUCAAGUGACCGUUACUCCGGAGACACUGGUGUUCAACUCUGCAACAAAAAGGGUCUCAUUCAAAGUCAAAGUCUCGACUACACACAGAAUCAACACAGGUUACUACUUUGGAAGCUUGAUUUGGAGUGACUCUGUUCAUAACGUUACAAUUCCUUUGUCUGUGAGAACGCAGAUUCUUCAGAACUACUACGAUGAGAAUUGA